CAGAGUAGUAGUAUAUAUAGAUGUAAGCAAUAUUUCUGAAAAUUUCCUUUUUUUCCUACCCAGGACUUCUUACCUUAUCACAUUGAAAAAUAAGAACUCUAUUUGGUAUAUCUCUCUCAGAAUGCGAUAUUAAUUGUUUGUAUAACUUUUCCUGAUAGUACUAUAGUAAAGUUAUACAUUUGGCAGACACAUGGCAUCAAGAUUAAACAUCGAUCAAAUAACAACCGACACGCCAGAUUGGACUUCCAAAGUCCAAAUCGUGGACAUGAGCCGUGAGCGAGAAAGUCCUGAGAAGAAAAUCAGAUUCCAAAAUUUAAUUUUGGAAGAUGAAGAGGAGCAGCAAAUUAGGGCUGUUAUGUAUGGUGAUGAUAUUGGGCAUUAUGCAGAGAAGCUUCAAAUCUCUGAGACAUAUCUGAUUUCUGCCGCAAGAGUUCGAGUUUCGCCCACUUUAUACGGCAAACCAAUACACAAGUUUUAUUGGGUACUCGACAAAGAAACUAUAGUUGAACAUGUCAAGCCAACUGACGAGCAUGAGAAACCACUCCCACUAUCAACUAAGCUGAAUAUCACAACUUUUGACAACAUCGCUCAUAUGACUCCUCAUUCUUCUAUAGAAAUUGAUAUACCACUCCUAUCAAUUACUAGCAUGCUCAAUUAUAUAUGCUUAUACAUGUACGCACUCAUUAUAUUCCCUUAUAUCUUACUAGCAGACAUACUAGUUUUUCUACGUUGUGGCCCUCCAAAAUACGCAGGUCGCAAUCAAAACAGGUGCUGA